AUGCAGGAGUCCGGGAAACUCCAUUGCGGCCCCACUCUCGGGCCAGGGCAAUUAGAGAGUUUUCCACCUUUAGUUUCUGCUGCUGCAAACUUUUCAAAAAACACACCCUCUGAAUUUGCCAUUGAUUUGAUCAAUCAAGAGACCAAAGACUCUGUUUUACCUGGUGAAAUUGUUCUUAUGCCCACUCAAUUGGCAGGCCCACUGCCUCCUAAAGUCGCAGGUUUAAUUUUACCCAAAUUUUCUGCGGCAAAAGAAGGAAUCCAGGUUAUUCCAGGAGUUUUGGAUCCUGACUAUGUAGGCACAAUAAUGGUCCAACUCUGGAGCCAUAUGCCCAUGCAAUUAAAAAGGGUGAGUCUUGGGCGCAUUUGGUGGUGCUCCUUCUCAUCCUACUGCUUCUAUUAUGGAUACUAA